CGACAACAAUAACAGCACCGUACGCAGCUUCUCCUCAGAUCCUGAGAGGAAGAGAGGAGUGUGAGGAGAGGUGAAGUGAGGGAGGAGGACAGUCGCAUCACUCCGGAGGAGUAGGCGUGCUCUGGUGCGCUGCAUCGUUUGAUGAUCUCCACAGUUCCCCACCUCCCCUCACCUCCUCCCAAAAAAAAAAAAAAACCCGAUCCACUCCGGGCUGUCUUUGGGUGAGGUCGGCCAAUCAAAGCGACAGAGUGGACUUUCCGAGCCGGGGGAGUGGAGCUGGACUUCGGGGUCUGGCAGGCAGCGCACCGGUCAGCGGCGCCGCAGCGCAGCACUUUGGAUAAACUCCGAGCGGAGGACGCGUCGCUCCGCCCGCCGCGUCCCGCACCAGCUGAGCGGCGCACCGAUCUACCAUGAAUCAUUCUGCCAGUCAGCAUCGGUGACUUUUUUUUUAAGUCAGUAUCCAUCGUAUGAUUUUUUUUUUCCUUCCAUUACUUGGAUUCUCUGAAGAGGAAAAAGUCCGCGGUGGCGACAUAAGCUGAAAACUGUGCGCGCAGAGGGGGAUUUUUCUUCCCAAGAUGCAGGUGGAUCGGGGCUGUGUGGUUUCCAGUGCUUGGUUUACAUGUCUGCUCUUACUUUACUCAACUCUGAGCACCAGGGUAACUGGUGUCGGAGGCUCCCACCAAAGCAUCCCUCCGUCUGUGGUGAAACUGUGGGCUUCAGCAUUUGGUGGGGAGAUGAAGUCCAUCUCAGCAAAGUACUCUGGCUCCCAGCUGCUGCAAAAGAAAUACAAGGAGUUUGAGCGCGCGGUGCGCGUGGAGGAGAUCGACGGGCUGCGGUUGGUGAAGAGACUGGCCGAGAACAUGGAGGAGAUGUUCCACAAGAAAGCCCAGGCAAUGAAGAGGCUGGUUGAGGCGGCAGAGGAAGCCCACCUCCAGCACGAUGAGAAUCCGGACCUACAGUAUGAAUACUUCAACGCGGUGCUGAUCAACGAGGUGGAUGAGGAGGGGAACAGUGUGGAGCUGGGAGGAGAGUUCAUCCUGCAGCCCAACGAUCACUUCAACAAUCUAUCGGUCAACCUGAGUCUCAGCGUGGUCCAGGUGCCCACCAACAUGUACAACAAAGACUCUGCAAUAGUCAACGGAGUUUUCUGGUCUGAGGCCUUGAACAAAGUCUUUGUGGAUAACUUUGAAAAAGACCCAUCACUCAUAUGGCAGUACUUUGGCAGUGCCAAGGGCUUUUUCAGACAGUAUCCAGGAAUCAAAUGGAAGCCUGAUGAACAUGGAGUCAUAGCUUUUGACUGUCGGAACCGGAAGUGGUACAUCCAGGCGGCCACCUCUCCGAAGGACGUGGUGAUCCUGGUGGACGUCAGCGGCAGCAUGAAGGGCCUGAGGCUGACCAUCGCCCGGCAGACCGUCUCCUCCAUCCUGGACACUCUCGGCGACGAUGACUUUUUCAACAUCAUUGCUUACAAUGAGGAGCUGCAUUAUGUGGAGCCGUGCCUGAACGGGACUCUGGUCCAGGCAGAUGUCACCAACAAAGACCAUUUCAGGGAGCAUCUCGACAAGCUGUUUGCUCAAGGCAUUGGUAUGUUAGACAUCGCCCUGACUGAGGCCUUCAAUCUCCUCAGUGACUUCAACGAGACUGGGAGGGGCAGCGAGUGCAGCCAGGCCAUUAUGCUGGUGACAGAUGGGGCUGUGGAUACGUAUGAUACCAUCUUUGCCAAAUACAACUGGCCGGACAGGAAGGUCCGCAUUUUCCCCUACCUGAUUGGUCGAGAGUCCGCCUUCGCAGAUAAUCUGAAAUGGAUGGCUUGUGCUAACAAAGGUUACUUCACUCAGAUUUCCACACUGGCGGAUGUACAGGAGAAUGUGAUGGAGUACCUGCAUGUGCUGAGUCGCCCCAAAGUGAUUGACCGGGAGCACGACACAGUCUGGACCGAGGCCUACAUCGACAGCACGUUGGAGGACGGCCAGGGUCCGGUUUUGAUGACCACGGUGGCCAUGCCCGUCUUCAGCACCAAGAAUGAGACGAGAAAUCGUGGGAUUCUCCUGGGGGUGGUUGGGACCGACGUGCCCGUCGCUGAGCUGCUCAAGACCAUCCCCAAAUAUAAGCUGGGCAUUCACGGCUACGCCUUUGCAAUCACCAACAACGGCUACAUCCUCACCCACCCGGAUCUACGGCCACUGUACGGAGACGGCAAGAAACGGCGGAAGCCGAACUACAGCAGCGUGGACCUGUCGGAGGUGGAGUGGGAGGAUAAAGACGACACGUUGAGAAACGCUAUGGUCAACCGGAAAACCGGAACGUUCUCCAUGGAGGUGAAGAAGAGUGUGGACAAAGGGAAACGCGUGCUGGUUUUGCAUAAUGAUUACUACUACACAGACAUCAAAGGAACUCCUUUCAGCCUGGGAGUUGCUCUUUCCAGAGGCCAUGGCAAGUUUUUCUUCAGAGGAAAUGUCACGGUGGAGGAAGGCCUCCACGACUUGGAGCAUCCCGACGUAGCGCUGGCAGACGAGUGGACGUACUGCAACACGGACGAGCACCCAGAACACCGCUACCUCUCCCAGAUCGAAGCAAUCAAACUCUAUCUGGGUGGACACGAGCCCCAUUUACAAUGUGACAAGGAGUUAAUUCAGGAGGUCCUGUUCGACGCGGUGGUGACCGCCCCGCUGGAAGCCUACUGGACCAGCCUCGUUCUCAACAAGUCAGAGAACUCUGAUAAAGGUGUGGAGAUAGCAUACCUGGGCACCAGAACAGGACUCUCCAGAAUCAAUCUGUUUGUGGGGCCUGACGAGCUCACAAACCAAGACUUCCUCACAGCUGAGGACAAGGAGGGGGUGUUCAACGCAGAUCAUUUUCCCCUGUGGUACAAGAGAGCGGCCGAACAAGUUCCCGGCACCUUUGUUUACUCGCUGCCUUUCAACACCGGAUCAGAAAACAAGAGUGUUGUACUGGCCAGCACCGCCAUUCAGCUUCUGGAUGAGAGGAAAUCACCCAUAGCUGCGGCUGUGGGCAUCCAGAUGAAACUGGACUUCUUUCAGAAGAAAUUCUGGACUGCAAGCAGACAGUGUGCCGCAUUAGAUGGGAAAUGCUCCAUAAGCUGUGACGACGAGAAUAUUAACUGCUACCUCAUCGACAACAACGGCUUCGUGCUGGUGGCGGAGGACUACUCUCUGACAGGCAAAUUUUUUGGUGAAGCCGAAGGAGCUGUAAUGAGUAAGCUUCUGCAGAUGGGCUCUUUCAAGAGGGUUACUCUGUAUGACUACCAGGCUUUGUGCUGGGUCAUUUCAGAGAGCAGUGACAGUGGCCACUCGCUGCUGGAUCCCUAUUUCGCCGUCUUCUCAGCGGUGAAGUGGAUCCUGACGGAGCUCGUCAUAUUCCUGGUUGAGUUCAACUUGUACAGCUGGUGGUACUCCGACCUCACUGCCAAAGCACAGCGGAUGGGUCGGAACAUGCAGGUACCGUGUGACACCGAGUACCCGGCCUUCGUCUCUGAGAGAACCAUCAAAGAAAACACCGGCAACAUCGACUGCGACGGCUGCUUCAAGUCCUUUGUGAUCCAGCAGAUCCCCAGCAGUAACCUCUUCAUGGUCGUGGUGGACAACAAGUGCGACUGCAGCAUGUACGAGCCGAUCACCAUGGACCCCAUCGAGAUCAUGUAUAAUGAAUCUCUCAAAUGUGAGAGGCUCAAGAUGCAGAAGGACAGGAGGCGUCCAGACACCUGCCACCCGUUCCACGCCGAGGAAAACUCGAUGGAGUGUGGAGGGGCGGCGAGUCUCAGCCCGUCUCUGGUUGCGACGCUGCUCUGUGCGCUCGUGGCAUUCCUCCCCAGGUGACCAGGGUUGGCCACGCCUCUCCAUCCAGAACUUGAUGUGGAUUGGCAUGGCUCGGCAUGCAAAAGAGUCUCAGUGAUGCCACAGAAAAUAAAAAACAAAACAAAAAAAACACUCCUGCCCCAUAUAAAAUCGAGCCCAUUUUCAAGUCAGCGCGUACGAAGCCCCUCGCCCUGAAGUACCAGCACACAGGGUCCGUAUUUGGAAGGAUUGAUCAGAGAGCUGUCAAAGCGCUGAUGUAGUGAUUAUUAAGGUGCUUUAGCAAUAUCACAUGAGCUACACGGCAAAGAUUAAAAAAUUUAGAAACACAUAGUAACAACGCUAACAGUGCACUUUCCUGUAGUAGCCUAAAACCUGCACAAGAGGUCCAGUACUAUCCACGAACCCAAACCACAGUGUUCAGUCCUUUCAGGUAGCAGCUAAGGGCUGGGGUCUGUACCUGGGCUUGAAACUGGGCAUCGGAGCCACGAGACACCUUUGUGGAGACAGAAAGACAGGCACACCCUCCCCCGACUCUUGACUUUUCAUGGACAAUAAUGAUUCUGAAGAUGAAAAAUUUAAAGAAGAUUAUAUGUGGCGCAGGUUGUAAUGAAAUAUUUGUCUAAUGAUCUUUUUUUCACAGUGAGACAAAAAAAAAAAUAAAGAAGUUAAAGUAUAUGUAUGAAGAAAAAAAAAAGAA